AUGGCUGUAAAGAUUCCGGAUGGCACAGUCUAUGCUAUCGACCCGGUUGCCAGCUUAAAUAACAUUUUAUUAGGUGUCAUCGAUUUGGAUCCGUGGCUGGAGCCGUUCAAGGACGGUCUGAAACAUAGAUAUCAACUUACUGCCGAAUGGAUCCGGAAGAUUGACGAGACUGAGGGCGGGCUUGACAAGUUUAGCAAGGGCUAUGAGAAGUUUGGUUUCAAUGUUGCCGACAACGGUGAUAUCACGUACAGAGAAUGGGCCCCAAACGCGGUUACGGCCCACCUCAUUGGCGAUUUCAACAAAUGGGACCCGACUGCAACGCCAUUAAAGAAGAAUGACUUUGGUGUGUGGGAAGGCACCCUUCCAGCAAAUGAUGGAGACCUUGCUAUACCGCAUAACAGUAAGGUCAAGAUUACCAUGACCACUCCAUCCGGAGAGCGAAUCGAUAGGAUACCAGCCUGGACAAAAAGAGUUACCCAGGAUCUCAGCGUUUCUCCACUGUACGAGAACGUGUUCUGGCACCCACCCAUGGAGGAGCAGUACCAGUUCAAGCACGCUGCUCCCCAAAAGCCAGAGUCACUUCGCAUCUAUGAGGCACAUGUGGGGAUAUCAUCACCCAAGACUGAAGUUGCGACAUAUAAAAACUUCACUAAGGUGAUGCUUCCCCGUAUCAAACACCUGGGUUAUAACGCUAUCCAACUCAUGGCGAUCAUGGAGCAUGCCUAUUAUGCCAGCUUCGGAUACCAGGUUAAUAGCUUUUUCGCAGCAAGCAGCCGCUACGGCACCCCAGAAGACCUGAAGGAGUUGAUAGACACAGCUCACAGUAUGGGUCUCAUCAUUCUUCUUGACGUGGUACACAGCCAUGCGUCCAAGAAUGUGCUGGAUGGUCUUAACAUGUUUGACGGGACCGAUCAUCUGUACUUCCAUUCAGGUGGGAAGGGUAACCAUGAUCUCUGGGAUAGCCGCCUCUUUAAUUAUGGUAACCAUGAGGUGCUGAGAUUCCUCCUUAGCAACUUGAGAUUCUGGAUGGAAGAAUAUCGAUUUGAUGGCUUCCGAUUUGAUGGAGUGACAAGCAUGUUAUACAUUCACCAUGGAAUCGGAACUGGAUUUUCUGGCGGAUAUCAUGAAUAUUUCGGCCAUUCUGUAGAUGAUGAAGGGAUCACAUAUCUGGCGCUGGCAAACGAGAUGUUGCAUCAAAUAUACCCGAAUUGCAUCACAGUUGCAGAGGAUGUUUCUGGUAUGCCUGCGCUGUGCCUACCUCUAUCACUGGGAGGCGUGGGCUUCGAUUACCGUCUAGCUAUGGCAAUCCCAGACAUGUACAUCAAACUGUUGAAGGAGAAGAAGGAUGAAGAGUGGGACAUCGCGAAUAUAGCAUCUACGCUUACCAACCGUAGGCAUGGCGAAAAAGCGAUUGCCUACGCUGAGAGCCACGACCAAGCACUCGUCGGCGACAAGACAUUGAUGAUGUGGCUCUGUGACAAGGAGAUGUACACGAACAUGUCUGUCUUGACCGAGCUGACCCCCACGAUUGAACGCGGUAUGAGCCUGCAUAAGAUGAUCCGCUUGGUCACACAUGGCCUUGGGGGAGAAGGCUACCUCAACUUCGAAGGCAACGAGUUUGGUCACCCCGAAUGGCUCGAUUUCCCUCGCGAGGGCAACAACAACAGCUUCUGGUAUGCUAGAAGACAGCUGAAUUUGACUGAAGAUGACCUCCUCAGAUACAAAUUCCUGAACGAGUUCGACAGAAAGAUGCAACUCACUGAGGAGAAAUACGGAUGGCUUCACUCCAGGCAGGCAUAUAUCGGCCUCAAGAACGAAGAGGACAAAGUCCUGGUGUUCGAGAGGGCUGGGCUGCUAUGGGCGUUCAAUUUCCAUCCUACUAACAGCUUCACCGCGUACCGUGUGGGAGUAGAGCAAGCAGGAACCUACCGGAUUGUCAUUGACACCGACGACAGCGAGUUUGGAGGCUUCGAUCGUAAUGCCAAAGGAACGAGGUUCUUUACAACAGACUUGGAAUGGAACGGACGGAAAAAUUAUGUAGAACUGUACCUUCCAACGAGAACGGCCCUGGUUCUCGCGCUCGAGGACACCCUGUGA